AUGCGGUCUCUGCGAUCGCUACUGUUGGUGAUCGGGGCUUUGCUCCAGGGUCCCGUUGGAGCCCUCCAUAUUCCUAUAACUGAGAACAUCUCUUUUCCUUUCCACGACAUCCACCAUCCCGAGGGCGUUCCGCUUGUUCGGCGUGAUGAUCCCCUCGUGGAUCUGCGCAUUAUGCCAUUGGGUGCUUCCAUCGUUCACGGCAUCGGAUCCGAACCCGAGCUGAAUGGCUUCCGAGGGUAUUUGCGACAGGCACUCAGGUUCAAUGGUUUCCAAGUGGACAUGGUGGGUUCCAUGCAGACGGGAACCAUCGAGGAUAACGACAAUGAGGGUACGCCGGGAGCCAUCAUCGACGAGACAGAAAAGCAUUUCGACAACUCAAGGAGCCUCAAGCCCAAUGUCAUUGUGAUGAACCUCGGCACAAACGAUGCCAAUAGAAACAUAGAUGUGGCUAAUGGGAAGACGCGGAUGAACACGUUACUCAUGCAUAUCUGGGGAUCUGAAGGCAUGGCCGAUGCUUGCAUCAUAUUGUCGACUCUUAUUCCGAGUGGCCUUGCCGCUGGCCAACAGAACAACCCCAUCCUCAAUGCGGGCUACAGGGAGCUGGUCACCGAGCUUCAAGGCCAGCACUGCAUCUACCUGGCCGACAUGGAUCCUGUUGAUGGCCCUGCCCAUGGUUGGCUCGCUCCGGACAUCAAUCCGGAUGGCAUUCACCCCAACAAGGUCGGCCAUAGCAAGAUGGCGUACAUUUUCUGGCAGGCCAUCUUACGAGCAUACAACGAUGGAAAUAUCAUGGAUCCCCUCCCCAUCGACGAAGGCCAGACAGACCCUGGGACGGGCUGCGACAAGGUGUACAAUUCGGGCUCAUACGCCGGGUUGACGCAGCUUGGCUCCGGGGUUGACGAUGGAAUCUAUUAUCAUUCGCAAACAUCUGAAGGAAUUCUAUUGAAUCAUACCUCCCAAUACGACCAAGGGCAGUUCUUCUUUGCUGCUUUGUACGGCCGCAAGUACGAUGACUUCCUUGGCUGGUAUAAUGGUUCUGAUCUUCCCUAUCAGAACAAAUUUGCUGUCUGGAAGAACUCUGGCGGCGUGUUCACGAGGAUUGCAGACCUAGACCCUGAUCUACACUGCCUACCACGGGGGAUCCAAUUCGUCGAUAUGAAUUCCGAUGGACUCGAUGAUAUUGUCUGCAUUGAUCCAGAUGGCAAUGCAUACCUCUCAAUCAACCAGGGAGAUGGUACGGCCACGACACCGCCAACCUUCAAGCGCGUCAGCAGUACGGCCAAGAUCAGGGACACUGUGGGAUUCAAGCAGGAUCGCAUCCGUUUCGCCGACAUCGAUGGAGAUGGCCGCGGCGACUACCUUGCCCUUGACGAUGGCGGAAACAUCCAGGCUUGGCGCAACGGCUGGGUUGACGAUAUUCCCCAGUACUGGGAGUACCUCGGCACGCGGUUCCAGGCCAAAGGCAAGGACACCAUCGACGGGGUCCGGAUGCUGGACAUUAACGGCGACGGCAGGGCAGACUGGCUCUUUGUUGACAAGACUGGCGGAGUGGAAACGUGGACCAACUCGAGAACCUGCCAGAGCGGCCACUCCGGUGAUGGCCUCAAGGUUGAUUGGCGUCAGGGGUUUGCACUGGGAGCUUCGUCUGGCAACACGCAUCCCGGUGUGGGAAAGGCCAGCGAUGGGGAUAUCCGCGAUCGUAUCCUCUUUGGUCGUGUCUGGGGCGAACCCCAGGAUUUCGGUAACUUUGGCCGCAAGGACUAUGUCUAUCUUGAACACAGCCUUGAUGGAACGACCCACACAUUCCGGAUGAGGGCUUGGAAGAGCGCCGGUCGCGGCGGCUCCAAGGUCAAGGCAGAUGGAGUCAAGUACUGCAACAUGCUGAACCAUCCGAAUGGCGAGGUAGACUACGUAUGGACGUGGUCAAACGGUAAAAUGAUCCUGUACCCCAAUGCCGGCAAGGGCACGGUCGAGGCUGGGGAGUCCUACUGGGGUCCCAGCGAGACCAUCUUCGACCCGAAGGCACUCAUCGGCAAGGAUCUCGACCGGCGGGAUCUCCAUCUGAUGGACUGGGACGGUGAUGGCGAUUGCGACAUUGUCUGGACGGAUCCCGACAACGACAACCGGCCUUCGGUGUGGCUCAAUCUCUACCACACAACAGGGUCCUGGACAGACCCCAACACGUGGAGUUACUUUCCCAACGCACAGUCUUCAGCCUCGGCCGUCUCCUGUAAGGAGAAGCGCGGUUUCAAUCUCCAUGAUCACGCUGUUCAGUUUGCGGAUCUUGAUGGCAACGGGCGAGACGACUUCCUCUGCCUCAGGCGAGAUGGCUACAUCUCUGCGUGGCUCCAUAACGACGACAACAGCUGGACGAGCGUAGGCCAGGUCAAAUUUGCCGAGGGUAAAGAUCGAGCCAACUUGCGGUUUGCCGAUGUCAACGGAGACGGCGUAGACGACAUGCUCUGGGUCGACAAGUACUUCGGCGAUGGCUAUGUUUAUUACAACCGAGGUCCUGGAGACCGAGCGGCGGACGCCGGAUCAUACAUCCACUGGGAUCAUGUCACAAAACCUGUAUACAACAGCGACCGUGCGGGGACCUGCGUCUACUUUGAGGACUUCGACGGCAAUGGCAUCGCAGAUAUCCAUGCCAUCCGGGAUGUGUACAGCAACCAAGCCGCGACAUGGCUCAGCCCGUCCUGCUCCGUCAAGAACAACAAAGGUGACGGAGGAACGUGUUGUGAUGACCCCCAGCUGCCGGUGCAGCCCGGAACAGCC